UACAAUGGCAAAAAUAAAUGUAUGUGAAAUUUUUAACCAAGUUGAUGACAAAUAUUAUACACUUUAUGUAGAAUGGUUUAAUUCACAUCUUAAAAUAAUGUUAUUAGAAUCAAAAAUAUUACCGUUGAUUGGUGAGAUGAACACUAAAAAUAUAAAUGAUUUUUCUAAUGAAUUAUCUAAAUCAUUUGAUGAGUAUUUUACAGAAACAAAGAAAAUACUUUGUGGGAAAGAUACAGAAAUUAAAUAUUUUAUUAAAAAUGAAAUUUUAGAAUGGAGAAAUAAUACAUGGAUCCUUGGAAAAAUUGAAUUGCAUUCUAUUUCAAAAAUUCAACUUUGUGAAAAUUUUCAACAACUAUUAAAAUUUUACCAAAGUAUUCAAAAUAAAAUAACUACAUUAGAAAAAGAAAAUAAAAAUUUAAUACAUAUAAAUGAAAAAUUAAAUUUGGAAAUAGAAAACAUGAUAGAAAUCAAAACUACUAUGGAACAAAAUCUUUAUAAAAAAUUUACAGUACUCCUAAAUUCAAAAAAAAAGAAAAUUAAAGAAUUAAAAAAUAUUAUAAAAGAAAAAGAAAGUAAUAAAAAAUCAAUUUUUGAUGUAUGUACAGAUGGAAGUGAAGAAUCUGAAAAAGAAGAUCAAAUUGAAAAUUCUACAUUAUCUAUCAUUAAUAAGCGAAAAUCUUUUAUUAAUAAUAAGCCACAAAAAAUACAGAAAAAUGAAAAAACUGAUAAUAUUUCUGAUGAUAAAAUAAUUUAUGAAGCAUCUAGUAGCAAAGAUUAUUCAAAUAAUUUUAACUCUAAGAAAUUAAAAAGUAGUUUAACUUUUACUGAAGAAAAAUCUGAUAAUGAAUUAUUUCUUUAAUAAUAUUUUAUUUAUAACUUUUAUUUACAAUCUUUUAAAAGAAGAUUUUUCAUAUUGUGCAAUGAAUACUUAAAAAUUAUUUAUAUUAUGAAUAUAAAUAAUAUUUUAUUAUAUCAUAUAAUUAUUAUUUUAUUUUAAUGAAAUUUAAUUCAUGAAAAUAUUCUAAUUCAUGAAUUUUAUAUAAAAUAUUUUUUAAAUAUACUAAAUUAUGAUGAAAAAAAAUGUUUAAUCUAAAAAUAAAAUAAAAUUAUUUAUAUAUAUUUUUAUUAUUAAUUAUAUACUCUAUUUUGUAUAUAAAUUAUAAAUUACUGUUAUAAAUUUUAUUUCAUAAGUAUAAUGAAUUAAUCAAAGAAUUAUAAUUAACAUAAAACUAUUGUGAAAUUAUAAUAUGUGUAUUAUUACAUUCAUAUAAUAUUUUUACUUUUCAAUAAAAAAAAAGUAUGUAUAUAUAUUAAAAAGAAAAUUUUAUACAAUAUGAUAAAAUAUGACUUAUAAUUUUUACAAUAAAAUAUUAUUUCUAUAAAAUAAUUUUCUAAUGCUAAAUUAUUAUUGAAUUUAUUGAAUUACUUUUAUCAUUUUAUUAAAAUAAAAUAUUCUUACGGAUUGAAUGAAUAAAAAUAUAUAAAUUCAAAAUGGUGGAAACACUUAAUAUAUCAUGAUCUUAUAUAAUUUUACGAAUAGUGCGAUGAUGCACAUAUUACAAAUAAUUUGAAUCAUUAUUAUAUCAUUUUCAUUUGUUUAUUGAAAUUAAAAUAUAUUUAUUAUUACAUUUAACUAUUAUUAUAUUAUUAUUAUUAUAUUUAACUAUUAUAUUUAAUUAUUGUAAUUUUUAAUCAUAUUAGUGAUUAAAUAUAUUGAAUUCUAAUCUGUAA